AUGGUGCCCUUCUGGACGGUGCCCAUCGCGAUCGGCUGCGGCAACGCGGUCAUCCUCAAGCCCAGCGAGAAGGUGCCGCUGACCAUGACGUUCCUGGCCAAGCUGUUCAAGCAGGCGGGCGUGCCAGACGGCAUCUUUCAGAUUGUGCACGGCGUAAAGCCUACCGUGGACGCGUUGAUCGAGCACCCGACCGUGAAAGCGGUGUCCUUCGUGGGCACCUCCCGCGUGGCGAAGCUCGUGGCUGAUAAGGCGCGGGCGCUCAACAAAAGGGCGCUGUGCCUGGGCGGCGCGAAGAACCACCUAUGCGUGCUGCCGGACGCGAACUACGACAUGUGCACCACAGACAUCAUGAACAGCUUCGCGGGCAGCACCGGCCAGCGCUGCAUGGCAGCCAGCGUCUGCGUGCUGGUCGGGCCGGAGGAAAAGUUCAAGCUGUUUAUGGAGCUCCUUGUGAAGAAGGCCUCGGCCCUGGAGGCGGGCCAGGAGCCAGGGCAGGUCGGGCCAGUCAUCGACCAGGCCAGCAAGGACAAGAUCUUACGAUACAUCAGCGAGGCGGAGUCGCGCGAUGGAGCGCAGGUGCUGGUGGACGGCCGCGCCUGGGCGACGGCGCGGCCGAAGGGCUUCUGGGUCGGGCCGACCAUCCUGCGGCACGGGUCCCCCCAGAACGCGGCGUGCCGCGAGGAGAUCUUCGGGCCGGUGCUGUCCAUGUCACCCUCGCGAGAGAUCACGAAUGCCGACCUGCUCAAGUACAUGAAGGGGAUGGACAGGAAUGUGAACACUAAACUCAAGAAGGUGCACAAUGAUUUGAGGGCUGUGGAUAAGAAGGCGGACGCAGCUGUUGAGGCGGCUCAGAGUGCUCAGAAGAUGGCUGCGGCUGAGGGCAAAGGGCGCCGAUUCAAGAUUGUCUUUCCGCAGCGCGAGAUCAGGCUUCCUGAUGAGAUGGGUCAGCGCAAACAGGUUGCGUAUAUCAACGCCAUGGGUUUGCCGACGCUCACCCUGGCCAACUUCAAUGCCGAGCUGCAGCAGUCUGAUCUUAAGGAUGACGAGACGUUCCAGCAGAGAGUGGAGCAGAGCAAGCAGGACUUCAAGGCUGUUCUAAGCAACUUGCGAGCCGGGGGUUGGGGCAAGAAGGCCUCUGGCACCUCAGGCAGACUGGCCCUGAGGGAUCCUGAAAAAGAAGACCGGUCCAUCACGAACCCGUCGGAGAUUGUCGAUGCUGGUCAGAAGUAUUAUAGCAAGCAGUUCUCUGAAUCUCGUUCCAACCUCCUUAACAUUCCCUCCUGGAUCUAUGGCAAGUUCAAGAUAGAUAAGAUUCAUGACAUCGCCCCCUGGCAAUUUGCUUAUCGUGAGGGGCACAGCGUCAUGGACAUGGGUUCCCUUGGCUACGCCCGACCCAUGCUGCGCGUGGACACGUUCGACGAGGCCAUCGCGAUCGAGAACUCGAACCCCUACGGCAACGCGGCCUGCAUCUACACGUCCGUCGGGCAGCACUCCGAGUACUUCCUGAAGCGCGUCUCGGCGGCCAUGCUGGGCGUGAACAUCGGUGUGCCCGUCCCGCGCGAGCCCUUCAGCUUCGGGGGCAUGAACGACAGUUCGUUCGCAGCUUCGGACAUCACUGGAGACGGGGCCAUGGAGUUCUUCACGCAGCGCAAGAAGAUCACCCAGAAAUGGGUGCCGCCGCAGGACCAGAGCGUGAUCACCAGCAGCUUUAUCAGCUAA